GUGUUGCUAUAGAUCCACUUGCUAAUCGGGAUCAAGCAUUUGGCAUUUUUAGAGGAUGCUUAUCUGGACGGGCAUUAGAUUGGUUUGAUCGAAAAAUUCUCGGUAAAAAUUGGGAAGUUCAUAAUAUUCUUGCAAAUCAUGGACAAGCCGGUAUGGCUGCUCUUCGAGCUCGAACUAUGGCACAAAUGGUUACUAGUAACAGUUUUAGAAAUCCUUCAAUAGCUCAUGACUACGCAAAUGUCAGUGGAAAUAAUGCAGUAACACAAAGACAACCCAAUUCUGACGAUUAUCCUAGAGUACCAGAUAAAUAUAUGCCGGAAAGACCUCCAGAUGGCUAUGGGGUAAAUUCUGAAAAGUAUAUUCAUGCCGAUAUCAUAAAUCCAACCCCUUCAACUAGUCAAAUUAUGGAAUCUCUAGCCAACGAUCUUUAUAAAAAAUUAUCAGAUAGUAAAUCGUCCUCUAAGAAAACGCCCAAAUCCCGCAAAUCGAAACAGAAAAAUGCUUCCACUUCUGAUAAAUCCCGAAAUAAAUCGACUGUUAUUGGCCGUGCCGGUUCCGCUGAUAAGUCUUUCCAAAAAAUGGUAUUAGAUAUGUUUGAUGGCAUUGCACCCAUAGAUUGGAUAGAGAAACUCAGAGUUAAAAUUGAGAACUCAUCCGAUUU